AUGGCCCAGCAACUGCACUUGAAGGCUGAACUCUUCCGAAAACAAGAAGAAUUCAAACAAGAAAAACUUCUAAAAGAUUCUGGCGUUUUGGGAAAACCAAAAACAACUAAUAAGAAACCAAGUAUCUGGAGCAAACAGAAUGCAGGAGUUUCAAAUCGAGCUGAGAAGGAUGCAGAACAGAAGAUCGAGGAACAGAAGACUUUAGACAAAGCAAGGGAGAAAUUGGAAGAAAAAGCCAAAUUAUAUGAGAAAAUGACUAAAGGAGACUUUAUAGAUAUGAGAAAAGAACUUCAGCGCCAGCAAUGGGAGGAAGAAGAAAGAGAGGCCUUGAAAAGGCCAAUGGGGCCCAUCCAUUAUGAAGACAUUCGUGAAAAUGAGGCCCGGCAACUUGGUGUUGGAUAUUUUGCUUUUGCUCGAGAUAAAGAGUUGAGAAAUAAGCAGAUGAAAACAUUAGAGAUGCUGCGUGAACAGACAACAGAUCAGAGAACAAAACGAGAGAACAUAAAGGAAAAGCGAAAGGCUAUGUUAGAAGCAAGACUUGCUAAACUCCGACAAAAAAAGAUGAAAAAGUCAAAAGAAGAUGGAGCAGAGGAAGAAAAUAGAGAUGUUAUUGGACCUUUGCCACCAGAACCAGAGGCUGUGCCAACUCCACGUACUGCUGCCCAGAGUAGCAAAGUGGAAGUCAUUGUUCAGGAGAGGAAGGAUACCAGGCCCGGAGUGCCCCAUGUCCGAGAGUGGGACAGAGGAAAAGAAUUUUCCUUUGGGUACUGGUCGAAGAGGCAGUCAGAUCUCCGGGCCGAGAGAGAUCCUGAGUUUGCUCCACCAUCAGAUUACUUUGUGGGUCAAAAGAGAACUGGUACCUUUGGUAGCCAGACAUGGAACAGACCUGCACCUGCACAGAGUGACUCAGGACAGCGCUCUGGCCAGAGCCAUGACCCCAGCUCUUCACAUACAUCAUCCACUCCCGCCCCCAGCAGGCCACCACAAGCUGCCACAGUCACUUUCGAAACUCUGGAUGAUAUGAUAUCGUAUUAUAAACAAGUGACAUGAACUUCAAAACCAUUCUCACUUGGGUCUAUACUGUGAUGGUGCCUUUUUCUCCCAAAUUAGGGAAAAUAUAACUUAGAGACAGAAUAGUAUCUUUCUCCUCCUGUCCUUUCCCUAGAUGAUACAGACUUCAGGUUGGAUUUGUCAGCAAGGAAGAAAGUGAAUGGUACUUCGGGAAUUCUGUGGCCACUUGGCUGUUCAUUUCUUUCUGAUUGAUAUGGUGACCUGUCCGUCUGGAUUUAUGUGUAAGCUGUCAUAAUAUGACCCUGAGGGGUUUGUAAUCCUGUUUCCUACCCACUCCCUUGGCUUAUUUGAUUUAAGCGUUCCAUUCCUUUCCUUUUGUAAAUACUAGCAUGCAGCUCUCUUUGUUCCAAGGAUUCAGCUUCCAUAUCAGUUGAUGGAGCAUCUGUCAGGAGGCAUGUUUGCCUGUCAAAGUGGCAAUGAGGGGACACUGUGUGGGGCAAGUGGUUUAGUCUCCAAGGGAACCCUGAAGCUGGUGGACUGUUAAGCAAUAACAUUUGAAUGAUAAAGAAGACCAGGAAAGAGAACCUCAUAAUCCAGAAAGGUAGAAGGUGAAGUCACUUUUAUUGUCAGCACACAGGCCUUAUGGGCAUUCAUUGUGUGUGGAGUGCCUGGGGCCCAUUUGGAGGCUGUUCGCUGAGUCAGAGAGUGAGAGGCUCCUUAGCUUAAGGGUUAGUUUUUCAGCUGGGCCUGUCUCUCUGCUGUGCCCCCUGUAGGCCCUCAUCACUUUCAGGAGCCACAUCACCUCAGAAGUCUAAUUGAAAUAGACCUGGGCUGGAGUGAGAGGCAGGGAGGUCCCUUCAUCUUUACUACCAGUGAGUUAGUGAGCAGAGCUCUGGAAGCAUUUCCUGUGCCUGAAUACAUCCCGUCCUCUGCCUGCUGCACCUCCGUGUCUUCUCAGCUCCAGACAAGCAGUGGGAGUUGGCCACCAGGCCCAUAGGGCUCCAAUGGCUGCCUCCCAGGCCAGUGAAUUCUGUAAGAACAUGCUAGAGCAGAUCAUCCAAGUGCCAGAAGGAGCCUCUACUCCUGUGGGCUCUGAUCCACAUAGUUUCAGUGGUGUUGAUGGGAGUGCUCAUUACAGAUUGCAAACUAGAGCCCAGAAAGGGUCAACGAUUUGUCCAAGGUCAUGUGGCAUCAAACGGCAGUUCUGGGACUUAAAUGUAGCUUGUUUAGGCUCAUGUUUGCUCCAAAUUUGAUUUCUCCAGUGCCCUCUGCUCUCAGUCUUGUCACUCCAAUAUCAAGUAGUACUAGACAAAAAUCCCAAAUUCUUGCAAACUUAACCUCUGAACUCUGUGCCAAGGGUAAAGUUGCCUGUCCUAAGGGUCAUUCUGUCAGUCUGAUCAGGCAAAUACCUCUUUUUAAAAAUAAUACAUUAAAUCAACUGACCCAGCCACCUUUUUGCAGAAAUUGAUAAGCUGAUCCUAAAUUUGUAUGGAAUUGAAGAGACCCAGAAUAUCCAAAACAAUCUUGAAAAAGAACAAAGUUGGAGGACUCACACUUCCUAUUUCAAGACUUACUACAAAGCUACAGGAAUCAAAGCAGUGUUGGUACUGACAGGAUAAGCACCUAGAUCCAUGGACUAACACUGAGAGUCCAAAAAGAAAGUUAUAUUUCUGUAGUCAAUUGAUAUUUGACAGUGGUGCCAAGGCCAUCCAAUGGGGAAAGAAUAGCUUCUUCAACAGAUGAUUUUGGGACAGCUGACUAUCCACACGCAAAAGAAUGAAUUUGGACCCAUAACUUGGGCCAUAAACAAAACCAACCCAAUGUCAAAAUGGAUUGAAGACCUAAACAUAGGAACUAAAACUACAAUACCAACUGAAACAGCUUGUAGGACGAAGGGAGAGGAGACAGAAAAAGAAAAAUUGGAAUAGUAGAAAGAAAAAAUAGAAUUAUUAGUUAUACUGGAAUCAAAAAAAAUGGAAGAAGGGAAGGAAGAAAACAGACAAAUGAGAAAGAUGGAAAGAGGGUAUGGUUAUAAGGUAAAGCAGGACUUGAGAGGCUGUUUGUGGAGAAGGGACAGGAAGUCUGGUCAGGCAGCAGUAAGCCCUGUGGGAGCCAGCGGUCAUGAGAGGGAUCCCCAAAUAACCUUUUGUCACCCAGGAUGGCCCAACCUAAGGUGGACGGCGAAGCACUCUGCACGUUGGCUCAUGGUCACUGUCGACUAGUAACUGUAAGUCAUUUUCUCUAGGAUUUCAAGACUAUAUAAACAUUUCUCAUUUUGUCUUAGCAUACAGGUAGUUUAGUGUUUCGGGAGCCCAGUUGUUACAUCCUCUUGCCUUUCAGACCCAGAGUUCAAGUGUUGACGCAAUUCUGGUUUUACCGUUUCUCAUGGGCCUGUUUUGUACGUGUGUAUCCAGCAGAUGGCGCCAGCAUUCUCAAGACUUCAGAUUUCACUCUGCAACAGCACCGCCCAAUAGAAAUAUGAUGUAAGCCGUUUUCAGUUUUCUGGGAACCACAUUAAAAAAGUGAAAUUAA